AUGCCGCGCUGGAGGCCGCUCCCGCGCAUCGCGUUCGCCGUAUGCACCCACCCGUUCCAGCCCUCGUCGCCCGCCGACCUGCCGCUCGAGAUUGGCGACGAGCUGUACAUCAUCGAGCAGGCCGGCCAUGACGGCGCCUGGUUGCGCGGCUACCUCGUCGCUCCGCCCUCGCUGCUGGCCGGCCUGACAAGCAUCAAGGGCCAGACGCUCGAGGCUCGCGUCUUCUCCGGCAUCUUCCCCCGCGUUUGCGUCGAUGUUCGCGAAGUCCUGGGCGAGGGCACCACCGCCUCGCCUACUCAAGACGCCCAAGACGCCCAAGACGCCCAUCACACCAAUCGCACCUACCACAGCACCAACGGCGCCCUCACCCCCACCGAGAGCACGCGCGCACCCUCGGGCGACGUCGUUGCCGCCCUGUCCUCGUCCACGGCCCGUCCACUCUCGCUCUCGCGCUCACGCUCACGCUCCAGCAGAAAACGCGCAGCCAGCCAUGGCUCACAGUGGGCCUCUCACGACGACCGUCUCCAGCAACGCACCCUGCCGCUCUCCCCAGUCUCGCCAGCCUCAGACCCUUAUGCUCCACGCCCGCCUGCGCCCGUCCCCAUGCUGAAGAUUGGCGACGAGACGCCGACCUCCUCUCAAGAGCCUCUCGUCGACGAGAUAGCAUCGUGCCUGCGCGAGUGGCACUCGACAAAGGUCCACGAGCUUCUGCUUGCCCGCAGGUACACACUGCUCGACGACAUGUCUUUCUUGGUCAACCGCCUCGAUACGGCGCGCCGCCAGCUGCUGCACAAGGUCUUGACCGCGAACGAGUUGGACAGAGUGCGCGAAGCCACCGUCUGGGAUCUCGUCGCAGGCAACAAACUGCUUUCUGGACAUGUUAUCGUGCGCAGCCCCUCGCAGCGUGGUCGCAUUCUGACCGGAGACGAUUCAGCCAUCGAGACUACCAAGCUGCAGUCCAUCAUGAGCUUGCUUGAGAGUCCGCCUUUGUCGCAGCCUGAUGAACACAACUUGCAUCACCUAUUCGUGAGCCUGCGCCGUGUCGCGGGCGAUGUUGUCCCUAGCGCGGCUCAAGUCAGCAUGCACCUCUGCUUGAAGACACCGGGCAUGGCACCUCAGCCCCUCUCAGAAGCGUUUUUCUUCGAUCUGACUGCACGAGACGGUUCUUCAGUCUCACUAGAGGGUGACAAGCUGCGCUCACUGAUCGUAGGCCUCGGAUCUACUGAUAUUGGAGAAGGGGCAGGCUCGGGAUCAAGCAUACAUCUUGUUUUUAAAUUGAUGACCCACGAACCGGUUCGCAAUCUAAUAACCCAGGACAAAUUCGGCGCUCCAAAAGACGCUGUUUCCAGCAACGGAGCAGGAGUACAAUCUUCACAGCAUGGCAGUAUCAAAGGGGGAAGACGAAGUGCCAUGUUCGGCUCCAGAAGGAAAGACUCGUCCACUACGACAUCUCGAACCACUACUGCCGCCACCACCGCUACGUCGACGAUGACCAGCUCCGCUGAGGGGCGACACGCUAGUCCUGAUCUGCAGAGAUCACAAACGUCCGAGAGUCGACCUGCCUCAACGGCCACCAAGAACAGAACGCCUUCGAGAGACCAGAAGACUCUAAAGAGAGUUGUCGCAGUCGGCGUUUUGCGAGUAAAUCAUAUCAUGCAGAAUGCGUCAGAGGUGGAUCAGACGGUCACUUUGUGGUCUACUGCUGGCGCAUCUGACGAAGCACCAGAAGAGAACGCUGGUUGGGACGAGAUUUUGACUGAACUCUACCCAAGCGCAAGCCGAAAAUACAGCCGCAACGAUCCCAUAAGCAGCCUCACCGUCCACCUCAAGGCUUUCAUCUACCCAGAUGCCGAAAAACUAAUCGAGAAGACACCUACAAUGCUCCAUAACAUCAAGCAGACCCGGAAGAUGGGUUUUUCGGGCGCUCCAACGAAACCGCGUAGUGACAUCUAUGUGACGCUUGUGGAACCGUUUCUGCCUAAGAACGCCUUUCUCGCUCACCCCAAGACAGGCACAAUACCCCUUGUGCAAUCCUCUCCGAUGGGCAGCUUGCAGCUGACCAUUGAAGUUCGCAAAAGCUCUGGAGAAAGAAUUGACGGCUGCAUCUAUCCUUCCACUAACAGUGCAGGGCAUACCGCAUGGCGCACGACAGCAGUAGAAAGAGGUGAAAGAUGGAACGCCACAGUUCGCCUCGCUAUCGACCCGCAGGAUGUACCUGGAUCUCACCUAGUCAUGAGCGUGGCAGACGCGCCUGGAUUUCCCUUCGCAUUAUGCUGGAUGCCACUUUGGAGCCAUGAUGCUUUUGUUCGAGACGGAGACCACGCUUUGUCUCUCUAUCGUUACGACGAAUACACUUCGGGCAUGAUUGCUGGUAAGGGAGCCUAUUUGGGACUGCCCUGGAGCGCGAAAAAGAAGGAUGAGCACGUCAUGGGAGGACCUAUGGCGGCCGUACGCGUUCAAACUUUCCUUUGCAGAGCAGCCACCGGGCGAGCUUGUUGGUCUACUUCGACGUUUCAACUUUGUCCCAGAGAUCGAGAUCGUUAAAUUGCUCAGCGAGGUGUUCGAUGCGCUAUUCGCCAUCCAGAGCCACUAUGCUGGAAGUGAUGAGUACGAAGACUUGAUUUUCAAUGCUGUUGUGAUUGUCUUAGGUAUCGUCCAUGACCGUCGCUUCAAUCUGGAGCCACUGGUGGAUCAGUAUGCAAGGACGAAGGCGUUCCAUUCACUAGUCACAUCAUGUCUGACGCAGAGCUUUGGAAGACUUCUGGCUAAGCCUACCGAGUCUGAAAGCUCGCGCCGCUUACGCGCAACCUUUAAGGUCGGCAAUCUUGUCACCAAGUUCCUCGUCAAUGCAAGGGAGAAACAGCGAGUCAAGGAAGAAAGCAUUGGCAUCAAGGAUCGUACCCAGUUCAAUAAGGAACUCAAGAGUCUUUUUGCUUCUCUUGAACAGUUGAUGAAGAACCCUUCUCCAGUACUUAUUGGGACCAAAACGCUACUGGUACAAAAUUUUCACUCCUGGUUACCGGAACUGGAGGGAUGCUUCUCGUCUCUGGAAAUCUUCAAGCUUGCGGACAGCUUCAUUGAGGCUUGCGUCGAUGUACAAGGCAAGCUCGUACUGUACAAACUGGUUUUGAUCCAACAUAUCUCUGGCCUCCAGAUCUUCCGCACCCCGGACACUCGCAAGAUUCUCCUCAAGAAGACUGUCGCAUGGCUUGCGCCGUACUGGGGCCAAGUAGGGACUGUCACAGAUCAAUGGAAAGAUCAAGUGCGCCUUUGCUGCUCGGUCGUAGCGUCGCAAGUUGAGGAGUUGGGCCAGGAGGCAUGUGAUUACAUGCCCAAGCUGGUGCACUCAUACCGAGCGAUACAGGCAACACCCCGCCCAGUCAAGAAUAGCCUCUCGCUCUUGUUUCCAACCACCUAUCCGUUCCACUCGCGACCCACGAAAACAGAGGCAACCUUCGAUGAAGCACUGAUUGAAAUAUCUGCUGUCCUCGCUGCCAUGUCCAGUCUGCCGACAAUGAUGCACCUCGAUUGGCAGAAAGAAGAGACCGCUGACUUCCUUUUCUCCGUACUUCAAGUUUACAUCUCAAUCCUUGACUGCGAAGCAUUCCCUAAGUCUUGGUUAAGCGUGCACAUUUAUCAUCACAAAGCCGCUAUGCGCACUCUUACGAAGCUUUCCAGCGUCCUCACCAACUCGUUCCUUCCCUUGCCCGAUGAGGCGGAUCAAUUCAAUACAAACCUCUGGCGAGCCUUUUUUGAUGUGCUUCUGAAACUUGUUGGCAGCGAUGCUCUUGCUCUAGAGACCUUUCCAGAACAAAAGAGGAGAGCGGUGUGGAAGAUUGCCGGAGAUGUCCGCGAGCACGGCGCAGAGUUACUCCAACGUAGCUGGGAUGCGAUUGGAUGGGAAAGCAGUGUGGAAGACAAGAACCAGUAUGGCCUUGAGAGGAUGGGAGGCUUCCAGGUGCAAUAUGUGCCUGGUCUUGUUGCGCCUAUCGUGGAGCUGUGUCUCAGUGUUCACGAAGGCUUACGUGGUGUUGCGAUUGAGGUCUUGCAGGCCAUGAUCGUAAGUGAGUGGACUCUGAGUGAAGACCUGUCACUCAUCCAAGCGGAGAUGAUUGAUUGUCUCGAUCACUUGUUCAAAGCAAAACACCUUACAGAGUCAGUGCUACAAAAGCACUUUAUCCAAAAACUCGUAGAACUGUUCGAGCCUCUGUCCCAAGACCCAGAGGAGCCCCUUCUUGCUGCGCUGAAGGGUCUCAUCGCCACAAUUGACGACUUGCUGGAUCUUCUUGUCGCUGUACACGGUACCGAGGUAACCGGCGAGGUUUUCCACAUCAUGGACACACUGCAUCUUAUGGAAUUCCUUAAGGAUAUGCAGAAGGAGGACAUGUACAUCCGUUACGUACACCAGCUGGUUGACCUGCAAGUGGAGGCGCACAACUUGACUGAAGCUGGCCUUGCUCUCCGCCUUCAUGCCGAGCUUUAUGAAUGGGACCCUAAUGUUACUGUGGACCCACUAACAGAGCCAAGCAUGCCAUCUCAAUCCUCCUUCGAGCGAAAGGAACAGCUUUACUUCCAGAUGAUCGAAUAUUAUGAAACUGGUCAAUCGUGGGACAGCGCCCUUAGUUCAUACGCAGAACUAGCCCUACAAUAUGAGCAUAAUGUCUUCGAUUUCGUCAAGCUUGCCAGGACUCAACAUGCUAUUGCAAAGAUAUACGAAAGUAUAGCAAAAGGCGAGCGCUUCAACCCGCGCUACUUCCGGGUCGUCUAUAAAGGUCUUGGGUUUCCAGUAGGGCUACGCGACAAACAAUUCAUCUUCGAAGGCUCUGCAAAUGAUCGACUAGCCUCGUUCACUGAUCGCAUGCAGCAGCAACAUCCCUCGGCACACAUACUGAAUCCGGGCGUUGAGCAAGACGUCGAGGGCCAGUACUUGCAAAUCCACCCUGUCAGUCCGCAGAAGGAUCUCACUCAUCCCAUUUAUCAGCGAGCCAAGGUAUCGCAGUCUGUGCGAGACCAUCACCUUCUUUCACGACCAUUCCGUUUUUCAUCAGCAUCCCGACGAUCGGCAUCUCGCGCUACAUCUCAAGACAACACUGUUGAAAAGACGGUCUACACCACCGCAGAAGCGUUUCCUACAAUCUUGCGACGCAGUGAGAUCGUCGCAGUCGGCACCGUAGCUCUCAGCUCUUUGCAGACAGCCAUUGAACGGACAUGGCGUAAAACUGUUGAGCUUGCUGCUAUCGAGAAAAAGGUUGCAGAUGGCGAUGACACCGCAUUCAACACACUGACUCAAGAGCUCAUGUAUGCUGUUGAUACAAGUAUCGACAGUUGUGUUGCGAAUUAUCAUGACCUGCUACCAAAUCCACGGCGCUCGAUGGAAGAAGACGCCGAGGAUGUCUUCUCUCGUGCUGAAGUCAACGCAACAAAUCCGUUAGAGAAUGCGCUGAGGGUGAGCUUGAUCGACUAUGUUCUGGUGAUACGACGAUGCUUGGCAAUGUACACAAGGCCUGCGCAGCUAGCCACCAAGGCAGAUCUUACGCAGCGUACGUUCAACUUAGUAUUCUCAACAUGUUACAACGACUGAUUGAUUGAUUCAGGCUUCGAUGCGUUGUUCCACCGAGAACUAGCGAUCCUGGCACCGCCUAACGCUCCACCCCAAAGCCACUCACCAACAGGCUCAUGGCUUGCAGCCGCCACCUCGCGACCCCAAGGAAUAAGCCCGACGCCAGACGACCAGCAAGCCAAUGGCAUACGAGUUGCAUCGCCCAUUCCCAACGACCGGGCCGCUCGCCAAGACAAAACGCGAAUGAGUCUUGCUUUCCUAACGAAGGGCGUAAUCACCGGGGAGUCGCACUCGGAUAAGGAGGACAGAAGAGAAGAUCUGACGGCACCGACCCAUGGUUCAGCAGACGACUCCGAAUCAACCACAACAUCAUCACAUAGCCGCAGCCGCAGCAAGGACACGAACCGGACAAGGCUGUCGUUAAGCUUCCUGCGUCCCUCGUCACCACUUGAAGCGCUACCCGAUUUUGCCAGCAGCGAGAACGUUGGCGGCAUGAGCCGAGCAGCGAGUCAAAAAUCGCGCCCAGAAACAAGCAAGAGCGAGAAAAGCAGUGAUGGGACGGCAAGAAAGGGGAGUGUGAAGAAGAGACUGAGCUUCAUGAGCAUCAGUAAGAAAAGCAGCAAGAGUAGCGUCAGGGCGAGGGGGAGAGUUGACGAUGUGCUUGUCGAGGAGUGA